AUGGAUGUACAGGAUGCGGAAAUUGCAAACGAUAAUGUUCCACAGCCGAAGGGGCCUCAAAAUUUGAAGUACGGACCCUACAGCGAAGUGGAUACUGCGGCUUCCAGCAAGAUAGGAGAUCGAAGGAGCUUGCACGAGGUUGUGGCGGUAUUUGAGGGUUGGUUAUUUCAGAACCCCACUGGAUGA